CUAUGAGAAGUCCAUCAGUAAGACUGCCCAUGUAGGAGGAGAUUUGAUUGUCAGCUGUAAAUACCCAGAAUCCCUCAGGAGUGACCCCAAGUUUCUCUGCAAGACGAGGCUGCAACAUGCUGCUUGUUCUUAUAAAGCAUCUGUUAAAGAAAGUAGAAAAUAUGUAAAUAUGGGGAAAUUCUCCUUGUAUGAUGACAGAGAAACACAAAUGUUCACUGUGAGUAUUAGAAAUGUAACUGAGGAGGACUCUGGUGAAUACUGGUGUGGAGCUGAAGCAGCCUGGACAUCCGAUCAUGGAUACAAGGUUUAUUUCACACAGAUCGAACUGACAGUUACUGAUCCACGUGUCCCUGUUUCAGCAUCAGUGUCAACAAUAUAUUCAUCAUCUUUACCAACAUCAUCAUCUUCAUCAUCAUCAUCAUCAUCAAUGUCUACGCCAACUUCUCUUGAAGGAGGAUUUCCAGCUUUCACUGUGAUCACUGUGUCUGUAAUUCUGCUGCUGCUUCUGUUGCUUCUGAUUGGAGUCAUAUUCCUCAUUGUGAUUCUACAUAAGAGACACAGGACGCAAAGCCCAGGAACAAUGACUCCAACUUACAGAGAGACAAAUGGAGAUUAUGAAAAUGACCCAAAUGUGCUCCAUUUCCAGUCAAGACAAAUGACCAAGCAAUCAGAUUCGGUCUAUAAAAGUCUGAACCCCAACACCAACCAAUCAGAUUCAGUCUACCAAAGUCCGAACCCCAACACCAACCAAUCAGAUUCAGUCUAUCAAAGUCUGAACCCCAACACCAACCAAUCAGAUUUGGUCUACCAAAAUCUGAACCCCAACACCAACCAAUCAAGUUCGGUCUACCAAACUCUGAACCCCAACACCAACCAAUCAGAUUCAGUCUACCAAAGUCUGAACCCCAACACCAACCAAUCAGAUUCAGUCUACCAAAGUCUGAACCCCAAGACCAACCGAUCAGAUUCAGUCUAUCAAAAUAUGAACCCCAACAACCAAUCAGAUACGGUCUACCAAAGUCUGAACCCCAACACCAACCAAUCAAAUUCGGUCUACCAAAGUCUGAACCCCAACACCAGCCAAUCAGAUUCAGUCUACCAAAGUCUGAACCCCAACACCAACCAAUCAGAUUCGGUCUACCAAAGUCCGAACCCCAACACCAACCAAUCAGAUUCAGUCUAUCAAAGUCUGAACCCCAACACCAACCAAUCAGAUUCAGUCUAUCAAAAUCUGAACCCCAACACCAACCAAUCAGAUUCGGUCUACCAAACUCUGAACCCCAUCACCAACCAGUCAGAUUCGGUCUACCAAAGUCUGAACCCCAACACCAACCAAUCAGAUUCUGUCUACCAAAGUCUGAACCCCAACACCAACCAAUCAGAUUCAGUCUACCAACGUCUGAACCCCAACACCAACCAAUCAGAUUCGGUCUACCACAGUCUUAACCCCAACACCAACCAAUCAGAUCCAGUCUACCACAGUCUGAACCCCAACACCAACCAAUCAGAUUCAGUCUACCAAACUCUGAACCCCAACAGCAACCAAUUAGAUUCGGUCUACCAAAUUCUGAACCCCAACACCAACCAAUUAGAUUCGGUCUACCAAAGUCUGAACCCCAACACCAACCGAUCAGAUUCAGUCUAUCAAAAUAUGAACCCCAACACCAACCAAUCAGAUUCGGUCUACCACAGUCUGAACCCCAACACCAACCAAUCAGAUUUGGUCUACCAAAGUCUGAACCCCAACACCAACCAAUCAGAUUCAGUCUACCAAAGUCUGAACCCCAACACCAACCAAUCAGAUUCAGUCUACCAAAGUCUGAACCCCAACACCAACCAAUCAGAUUCGGUCUACCAAAGUCUGAACCCCAACACCAACCAAUCAGAUUCAGUCUAUCAAAGUCUGAACCCCAACACCAGCCAAUCAGAUUCGGUCUACCACAGUCUGAACCCCAACACCAACCAAUCAGAUUCAGUCUACCAAAGUCUGAACCCCAACACCAACCAAUCAGAUUCAGUCUACCAACGUCUGAACCCCAACACCAACCAAUCAGAUUCGGUCUAGCAAAGUCUGAACCCCAACACCAACCAAUCAGAUUCGGUCUACCACAGUCUGAACCCCAACACCAACCAAUCAGAUUCAGUCUACCACAAUCGGAACCCCAACACCAACCAAUCAGAUUCAGUCUACCACAGUCUGAACCCCAACACCACCAAUCAGAUUCAGUCUACCAAACUCUGAACCCCAACACCAACCAAUCAGAUUCGGUCUACCAAACUCUGAACCCCAACACCAACCAAUCAGAUUCGGUCUGCCAAAGUCUGAACCCCAACACCAACCAAUCAGAUUCAGUCUACCAAAGUCUGAACCCCAACACCAACCAAUCAGAUUCGGUCUACCAAAGUCUGAACCCCAACACCAACCAAUCAGAUUCAGUCUAUCAAAGUCUGAACCCCAACACCAACCAAUCAGAUUCGGUCUACCACAGUCUGAACCCCAACACCAACCAAUCAGAUUCAGUCUACCAAAGUCUGAACCCCAACACCAACCAAUCAGAUUCAGGCUACCAAAGUCUCAAGUGUUAAACUGACCAGUUGGACACAGUUGGAGUCAGAAAUUGCCCUCUAACCAAUGAGAUUGUUGCUGCCAGAUUCUCUAUUAAACUGGACUGGCCUCUUACUUGAAAAUUAUUCUAGUUUCAAACUAAAUUGUGGAAUAACCUGUCAAGAUCAGAUAAUGUAAAUGAAUAGUUUUUCAAAAAGCCAGUUUAUCGCUGUUCAGAAGUUUGCUAUAUGCUUGGAAACCAGCACAUGGAAGUGCUGAGAGUCUUCAUCCUCAUCCUGAAAUGUGGUCAAAUAAAGUGUAUAAAAGAUGCCAUUUCAUAUGUUAGAUAUCAUGUGUUCUGUGAUUACCUGAUGCUGAAAGUUUGUGCUUCUGGAUUUGUUUUGAGAGUCAGGAUUUGAGUUGUUCACAAAAUUACACACACCUCCUUCAAGUUACAUUUCUGAUGUGUAAUGAUUUUCAUAACCUCCAUGACACAGGGUUAGAGGUUAGUUAGAAGUUUCAGCUCAAUAGCCACGCUCAACAAUCAACAGUGAACAUUUAUUAUUAUUUAUUGUUAUUUUUAUCAUGAAUCAUCAUUUAUCAUUCCCUAUUUAAUCACUUUUAAUCAUUUUAUAUAAUGAUUUAUAUAAUCCAUAUUAAUAAUUUGAAUCCAUAUUAAUGCUGUAAUGAUGCAUUUGCCUCCUAAUAUUUUUGGAACUUUGGGAUGAGUAAGCUUAGCCACACACUGAUAUUUACUGAUGUACUGAUUUACUUGUAAUUUCAUGAUUAUAAUGACUAUUCUCUGUCUUUUUUAUUUUCACUUUGAUUAUUAAACAAUUAAUUAAUCCUAAAGGGGAGUGUAGAAUAUUAUGUAUUUUAAACUCCACUCAAUGCUUCCUGUGUGUUGUACGUUUACUCCUUUACAUUUUGAGUACUGCAUCGAUAAUGGACUGUGGUUGCUAUGCGUUACUUGGUAGGUUCUAUUUUCUAGACUUAGGUCACUGAGUUUCCAGCCACAGAGGGUUUGUAAGAAAGGGAGUCAAAGGUUACAGGUGUUUUGGAUGAUGAGACCAUGAAGGGGUCAAAUGAAUAAAUGAAUAAAUUCUGUCUCCAUCCCUCCA